GUGACCUAACGGCGCCCACGUGACGGCGCGCGCGGCCGGCGAUGGCGGCGAGGUCGGGGGGCUUCCAGCUGCUGCUGCUGCUGCUGGGGCUCGCGGCGCGCGGGCCCGCUGCCGCCGCUGCCGCCAAGAUGAAGGUGGUGGAGGAGCCCAACUCGUUCGGGCUCAACAACCCGUUCCUGCCCCAGACCAGUCGCCUCCAGCCCAAGAGGGAUCCUUCCCCGCUGUCUGGGCCCGCGCACCUCUUCAGGCUCUCCGGCAAGUGCUUCAGCCUGGUGGAGUCCACGUACAAGUACGAGCUGUGCCCCUUCCACAACGUGACGCAGCACGAGCAGACCUUCCGCUGGAACGCUUACAGCGGGAUCCUGGGCAUCUGGCACGAGUGGGAGAUCUCUAACAACACCUUCAGGGGCAUGUGGAUGAGGGACGGUGACUCCUGCCGCUCCCGGAGCCGGCAGAGCAAGGUGGAGCUUACCUGUGGGAAAAGCAACCGCCUGGCACACGUGUCUGAGCCCAGCACCUGCGUCUACGCACUGACCUUCGAGACGCCUCUGGUCUGCCACCCGCACUCCCUGUUAGUGUACCCGGCCCUGCCGGCGGCCCUGCAGCACAGGUGGGACCAGGUGGAACAGGACCUGGCUGACGAGCUGAUCACGUCCCAGGGCUAUGAGAAGUUGCUCAGGGCGCUCUUUGAGGAGGCCGGCUACUUGAAGACCCCGGAGGACAGUGACUCCGUGCGGGAAGGAGGUGCCAAGGCCCUGGCGUUCCAGACCCUGGAGAACUGCAGUGAGGCUCACAGGGAGCUGUGGAAGGAGGUCAGGAGACUCCGGAGCUUGCUGACACAGCAUGGCAUCCCCUACGCGCAGGCCGCGGGUGAGUCCUGCGGGGGUGUGGGGGCUCAGCCCACCCGCAGGACCUGCGCUGACCUCCUGCCGCUCGCUGUUCUGGCAGAAACGCCCCCCUCUGAGCACGGGGGCCCCAGGACACCCACAGACGGGACAGCGGAACGGCUCCGUGGCGACCCGGGACGGCGAGGGAACACCUUGUGACCCGAGACAGGCCUCGGGGGCAGAGCCAGGCCGGCGGGGGGCUUCCUCUGCCUUCGGGGCCUGCCGGCCAUCAGCAUCGGCUCAAAGAGGCAGACAGAAUAAAGAUUCAAAGUUUUAAUUAAUUUCCAUACUGAUAAAAAUAAUUCCAUGAAUUCUGUAAACCAUUGCAUAAAUGCUAUAGUGUAAAAAAAUUUAAACAAGUGUUAACUUGGAACGGUUCACUACAAGUAAAUGAUUAUGCUUUAUAAAUACUA